UACAUCAGCACUGCGCCAAAACGGACAGUUCCAUCCCGCCUCCCCUGCUCAGGCUUCAUAAAGCGACUCAAACGCGCUAUCACUUCCAGCAGAAACACUUCGAAAAAGUUAAAGGAGCUUGUUUUUUGGCGUGUUUCCCACUGAGACAUCUGCAGCCGGAUAGCUGGGUGUGAAGAUACAGCCUAUAAGCAGGGUGACAUCGAUUGGGACGGUCCUGCUGCUGCUAUAAAAAGGUGGGGGGGACACUCCGCAGCCUGAGUUCCGCUCCUUACAUCCUCAAAAGCCAAAAUGAGUUACGGAUCCGAUGUCUAUUCUUCUUCAUCCUACCGGAAGAUUUUCGGAGAGUCACCGCGUUUCUCGACAUCCCCGUCCAGAAUGAGUGCCCCCCGAAGCGGCUACCGGUCCGUGUCUAUGUCCAGGACCACCAGCUCGAGUCUGGGCUCCUAUAAGCGCAUCGGGCGCACCGGCUUCCCAUCAUCGACCUCUCCGAUGGGGAUGGACACGUUUGACUUCGCGCAGAGCACCGCGCUGAGCAACGAGCUCAAGAUAGUUCGCACAAAUGAGAAGGAGCAGAUGCAGGGCUUGAACGACCGCUUCGCCUCGUUCAUCGAGAAAGUGCGCCACGUGGAGCAGCAAAACAAGGCGCUGGAGGUCGAACUUGCGGCGCUGCGUCAGCGUCACGCGGAGCCGUCGCGUCUCUCCGACCUCUACCAACAGGAGAUCCGGGAGCUGCGUGCGCAGCUGGAGCAGGUUUGUGCCGAGCGGGAGCGCGCUGCGCUGGAGCGCGACGCCGCAGAAGAGGAGCUGCACAAGGCGCAGGAGCGUUGCGAAGAGGAAGCGCGCCGGCGCGACGAGGCCGAGCGCACGCUGCAGGCUUUCCGCAAGGAUGUAGACGACGCGUCUCUGGCGCGACUCGACUUGGAGAGGAAGGUCGAGUCACUGCUGGACGAGAUCGGCUUCCUGCGCAAGGUGCACGACGAAGAGGUGGCCGAGCUCACCAGCGUCAUCCAGGCGUCGCAGGUGUCCGUGGAGCUCGAGGUGACCAAGCCGGAUCUGACCUCCGCUCUCAAGGAGAUCCGCACGCAGUACGAGUCGCUCGCCUCUAAAAACCUCCAAUCCGCCGAGGAGUGGUACCGCUCCAAGUUCGCCGACCUGAACGAGCAGGCGAGCCGCAGCAACGAGGCGAUCCGCGCCAGCCGUGAAGAGGUCAACGAGUUCAGGCGUCAGCUGCAGUCCAGGACCAUCGAGAUCGAGAGCCUGCGCGGCACCAACGAGUCCCUGGAGCGGCAGCUCCGCGAGAUGGAGGAGCGGCACAACCUCGAGGUCGUCGGCCUUCAGGACGCAGUUGGUGAGCUGGAGAAUGAGCUAAGGACCACUAAGAGCGAGAUGGCUCGUCACUUGAGGGAAUACCAGGACCUUUUAAAUGUCAAGAUGGCCUUGGAUAUUGAGAUUGCUGCUUACAGGAAACUUUUGGAAGGAGAGGAGACCCGCCUAAGCACGGGCAUCACCUACUCAUUUCCAGGCUCCCAGAGCUACAACUACCAGAGCCGUGUCUAUACCAGCUCUACCAAGAGCACCAAGAAGGAGAGAGGAGAGGAUGAGGACAAACCGAUUGGUGGGUCCGAAAACUCCGUUUCCAAGAAGGCUGAAAAGCAAGAUUCUGGAGACGCUGAUGUUGCCACCUCGAAGAACUAAGUCUCAUCUCCCUCCUUAUUCCACCCCCCCCCUCCCCCCUCCCCCCAGUCUCCUUCACUAGGAAUGUCUCAGAGAGGAAUCCAGUGUAUCCGUGUAUCAGCUCUCUCUUUCUCUCUCCACUUAUCGAAUACAGCACUCUCAGUAACAGGGCGUCUGUCCCCUUAAGAUAGACCGCACACUCUUUAGGCACAGUCCACUCUUUCUCUCCGCUACUCUUACUUGUUAGCUGAUCAGGUCUGCGUUGUUUUGCAUAGGUGUUGUCUUAAAAAUAAACCCUUAAGUGCACUAACACAGGCUACGCUCAUCACAUUCCAGAAAGCUUAUGUGCAUGUGUGUGAACAUGCACAGUGCAUUCAGGACAAAAUCCUAAUCUGUUCACAAAUUUGUCAAUAG